AUGAAAUUAUCCUCCCUAGACUGGAAAUUACCAGACUUUCAGCAAGUGCUUAAAGGAGAAUGGACUUCCAUUCCUGUUGUAAACAGCUGUAUGGCUAUCCAGCUGACCUGCCAAUCAAAGAAUGCAUAUGUGUCUGAGUUGAUGGCUCUGGAUCAGUGCACCAAUGAUGUAACUGCGAUUACAAGUACUAAAGGUGAUUCAAACAUCACACUUUCAUUUUACAACCCUCACUGCAUUGCAUUCAGCACUCUUUGCAGCAUUGAUAUUCACUCAGUAUGUUCCAUGAUCGAAGCUCUGAAUGUCGCUGGUGAUCACCAACCUGCUGUGCACCUCGCUGUGGCAGUAUCAUAUGCUCUUGUUUCAUUCUACCAGAAGGUUCUCUUUGGAAUUUGUAAUGUCUCUUCAAUGCCCGUGUCUGCUAAAUGCACGCUGGGAACAGCACCGUACCAAAGUGUAACAAAGUCAGGCUGUGACCAGGAAUCUGAUUUUCCAAAAGAAAUAGAUGUUUCCAGCGACAAGCCAUGCACCAGUUCCAUUUGGCCAGAGGAUACACUUUUGGCGAUUAGUACAUUUGCAUUCCUUUUUGAGUUGUUGUCACAAAAGCCUGACUUAGUUGACGCAUCCAUUGCAGAAAUGAGAACCAAGCUAAGACUUGCUAGUUCUUCGGCCAACGGUGUUCUUGACUGUCCCAAGACAGCAAUGUCUCUGAAAUUUCAGUUAGGAGUAGUGGGAUUGUGUCUGCAGAAGUUGCCUGCGUCAUCUCUACACCAUGAGGUAUGAAAAGAAUAAUAUUCUGCUUUUUCACUAUCCCAUAAAGCCUCGCGCCUUGAGGGGGUAAAGAUGAGUCAAAACUAACACGGCGUGCCUGAGAGCAAGACCUAACAACAAAGUUAAAGUCCUUUAAAGACGUUUCGAAAAUGAAAAAAAAGUUAAGUUAAAGCAGUUGUGUAAGACCUUAUGUGUCGCUAUAGAAAAGAUGUUUUGGAAAGAAAGCUCAUAUUAAUGUAAUGCUAUAGGAAUCUCAACAUCUGCAACAUCUAUGGUCGCCGAGAAUGAUGAGGUGAUGAAGUCAGACAUAUCCAUUUCGCAGAUACCUUCGAUUGCUGUAAAUGAACAUUAGAGAGAAGCACGAAGCAACGCGAGUGUCGCGCAGCAAGAAUAGUUUUUCCCACAUUAAUUUACAGGUUGAGCACAAUAUUGGAAAACAAUCCUGUUUGCCCCCCAAAGCGCAAAGCAUUAUGGGAUGAGUGAAAAAAAGAGAAUUGGUUAUUUAGAUGUGCGUUAUUAAGUUUCUUUUAUUGAAAAUGUCACAACUAAACAACAAGAGCGAACAAGCCCGAAAUGUUAACAAAUAAAUAUGGCACAGAGAAAGAGGACAAUGCUGUAAGAUAAUAUAGUGGUUGGGGGCCAGAUUUCAACUGUAGGCCUGUUCCAGUGGUCCCCCUUCUCAAUCAACUGCCUCAUGAUGACUGUCCGUUGAUCAACGGUAUCCUACGGUGCUAUCGUUUUUCUACUUUCUUGAAUUCUAGUUACCGGAUAUAAUUUGGAGUGUUAGAGUUUGGAAUAUACUUUUCAAGUUACGUGUAGUUUUGGCACUUGUGUGUAUGAGACCACACGCAAAGUGACUCAUAGAAUAUUAUUUUGUACCAUGACGUAGCUUAAGGAAAACUGCGGAACUAUUUUCUAGCAUAAUAGAAUUUAGUAUAAUAUCAGACCCAAAAUUUAAGGCUUAGAUUUUAUGAUGGGUUCAUUUCGUGUUCGUGGUUUAUUUUUAUUUCUUUUCAUUGUUUUUUUUCUUAGGUAACUCUCCUUGACAAAACUGUUGCAUCAGUUCCUGAAAUAUAACCGUACUGGAACUGUUUGGAGUAAAAGUUAAAAUUGCAUCUGGAAUGUUAAAUGUACAAUUUCACUAAAUACAUAAACUUUUAUUGAUUGUUUGGUUGGUGUGGGAAUGUCGUUUCUUGUGGCUUUUCUGUACCCUGACUGAUCAAUAAAUCUGUGAUUUGGGAUGAAAUCAAAUUAUAUUAUAUCCAAAUUUCAGUAAGGAAGUCAAUGGGACAAAAGAAAACAAUUAGCUUACUUCUAGGUACUUUUUUGAUUUCUUUUUAUAGGUGGAAGAGUACCAUUAUGAAUGCUGGCUAACGUACCAACUGAUCUGCUGUGGUCUAGCAGAUGCUGACCUAUCGUUCCUCACACAUCUUGGACAACAAGUUUGUCAGGGUAUCGCCAGGCCCAGUCUAGUACCCCAGUCAUCGCUAUCACGGGUGAUAUUCCAUCACCUGUUUAAGAGUGCACCUGCAAUACUAAGCAAUACUCUGUCAGAACAACCAAAUGUUGGUCUGAAAGUGGCGCUAAAUGUCCUGUCUCAUGUCAAAAAGUUCACUGUCAGAGAUAGCUCUUUCACCUGGAUGCUUUUUGAGUAUGCAAAUUGUAGACUUUGGGCUAAGCUAGCUGAGGUUGUUCUUCUCUCGCUGUCUGACUCUUUAGAGCUUUUGGGUGAAGGAAUGAGUCACAUUCUUCAUCCCGAAGGGAUGCUUGGUGCCAAGUCGAUGGAAAAGGCAUUAAUUGACCGCAGGCCAUCUAAUAAUGUUCUGUCAUGCUUGCGGCUCACUGAGUUGAUAUCCGAAAAGUCCUGCGUGGCAAAAUGUCUAGGACGGGUGCUUAGCGAGAAAAAGGGUAACUCGAUAGAAAUUACACAGUAUAAGGUGCAAAAAGUUCAAGGCUCCAUGAUAAAAGGAGAAAGUUCCGAGCUGGACAUUCCAAGGAAGAUAAUGAACUCUGGAGCGGAGAAGGCUUUGAAGCUCUGUGCUUUUCAGAUUGUUGUGCAUAGUCUGUGGUUGCAGAGGUUUGCCGAUGAAGGUCGCGUACGUCAGACCUAUUCUGCCAGGUACGUGUUCUGAUCAACUCUCAGUUUAACCUCAGUAAAGCGACACAAUACCGCUCAUCAACUGUGAACAAUUACCAGGGGGUCAAUUUGACAGGUUUUUAUUAGUGACAGGCUUUAAAAGGCUAGCCAAAGGUACAGAGUACAGGGUACCUUUGGUUCUAUAGUCUGAAACACAACACCAGCACCAGCUACACUGGUAAAUCACACUUGUAAAAGUUUUAUUGCAAUGAACACCAUGGUUAAAGAAAUCGCGUCUUGAAAUUGCAGCAAGUCUAAUAGGGAAAACAUUCAAUCCUUGGAAAGCACGGUAGUAUGCACAACACAAUUGGAUUGAAAUGGAACCCACUUAUUUUACAAUCCAAAUUGAAAAGAUGAAACCGCUUUCAGAGGUGACAACCCUCUACCUCCUUUACCCCACCCUGCCAGAGAUCCUUCCUUCACCGGGAAACCUGGCACCAGUUACCAUGGGUUUAAAUUUUUUAAUACUUAAUUUCAGAUUGAGUGUUGUUGCUGACUUAACGUUUACUUUUAUUGUUUACCAACAAAUCUGAUAUCCAUUGCAUUUAGUGCUUGGUGGCUAACAGACCUUGUUGCCAGUUCUGGAGUUGAAAGCCUGGAAUACCUUGUUCAUUACAAGGGAGAUGUCACAACUAUCCUCAAACAAGACGACCUGCUGGAUCUUUGCGAGAAAGUUCUCAAA